AUGGAGAACUUGAAAAUGACAACUUCAAUGAGACACACUUUCACGCUUAAGUACAAGGAACCUAAGUUGGAUAGUCUGAAGGGUUUGAUCUCUGAUUUGUCUCUCAGCAGACGUGAUGAGUUCGGAAAAAACUAUGGAAAAAUUUUGAGCCUUCUAAAUAAGAAAGUUGACUAUGGAAUUAUCGGCUCUCUGGCACAAUAUUAUGAUCCACCUCUGCGUUGUUUCACAUUCGCUGAUUUCCAGCUAGCUCCUACUUUGGAAGAAGUUGAGAGAAUCGUGGGUCUCAAAUUGAAAGAUUUUAAUCCAUUUCCAAAGCUCGAAGAAGAUAUGGGUCCAAAGAAGAUAGCUUCAGCCCUAAGUAUAAAUGUCCCGACUGUUCGAGACAAUUGGGUUGAAAAGGGGGGUUGCGAAGGUUUUGCCGCAAUGUAUUUGGAAAAUUUAGCUCUAAAGUUCAAGAAAAGUGGAAAUUGGAAUGCAUUCUAUGUUGUGUUGGCUUUAUUGAUCCAUGGGAUUGUGCUCUUCCCAAAUGUUGAAAAAUUUAUGGAUCAAGUAGCCAUAGAAGUCUUUCCCUCUGGCAAUCUAGUACCAUUUCUCUUAGCUAACAUUUACUAUGCCCUUCACACUCGACACGAAAAGAGGGGUGGAACUUUGUUGUGUUGCGCUCCUUUGCUUUACACUUGGUUCAUGCAACACAUGCCCGAAGAAGGUCCUUUUGAGGCAAAAGAACUUAAGUCUCCUAAAAAAUUAGCUUCUCUCAUCACAAGUUCCAUCAGAUGGUAUAUCUGA